GCAGUCGCUAUGGAGACGGGGGAGCGCGCCUCGCCUCGGCUGAGGAGAAUCGGCCGCCGCUUGGGAGCGGGAGGAAAGGCAACCUAACGACAUUUAUUAAGGACGAUUGAAACCGGGAGUUGGAGGAACAAUGAGAUUGAAGAUAUCACUUCUAAAAGAACCAAAGCAUCAGGAAUUGGUAAGCUGUGUAGGAUGGACUACAGCUGAAGAAUUGUAUUCAUGUAGUGAUGAUCAUCAGAUAGUGAAAUGGAACUUGUUAACUAAUGAGACCAUUCUAGUAGUCAAGCUUCCAGAUGAUAUUUAUCCUAUAGAUCUUCAUUGGUUUCCCAAGGCUACUGGUGGAAAGAAGCAGACACAAGCAGAAAUCUUUGUUCUCACAAGUUCUGAUGGAAAAUUUCACCUGAUUUCAAAGUUAGGAAGAGUGGAAAAAAGUGUGGAAGCUCAUUGUGGAGCCGUGCUUGCAGGAAGGUGGAAUUACGAAGGAACGGCAUUGGUUACAGUUGGAGAAGAUGGACAAAUAAAAAUCUGGUCCAAGAGUGGAAUGCUGAGAUCCACUUUAGCUCAGCAGGGAACACCAGUCUACUCAGUAGCAUGGGGCCCUGACUCAGAAAAAGUUCUUUAUACAGCUGGGAAGCAGCUGGUCAUCAAACCUCUUCAGCCAAAUGCUAAAAUUUCACAGUGGAAAGCUCACGAUGGGCUUAUUUUAAAAGUAGAUUGGAACUCAGUCAAUGAUUAUAUCCUAUCAGCAGGAGAAGACUGUAAAUACAAGGUAUGGGAUAGCUAUGGUCGCCUUCUCUACAGUUCCCAGCCGCAUGAGCAUCCUAUAACUUCAGUCGCCUGGGCCCCAGAUGGCGAAUUAUUUGCCGCGGGAUCAUUUCAUACACUACGCCUCUGUGAUAAAACCGGAUGGUCAUAUGCUUUAGAGAAGCCAAAUACAGGCAGCAUAUUCAAUAUUGCCUGGUCAGUAGAUGGGACCCAAAUAGCAGGAGCUUGUGGAAAUGGACAAGUGGUUUUUGCUCAUGUUGUGGAGCAGCGUUGGGAAUGGAAGAACUUUGAAGUGACAUUAACCAAAAGAAGGACCAUGCAGGUUCGAAAUGUCCUUAAUGAUGCAGUGGAUUUACUGGAAUUUCGUGAUAGAGUCAUUAAAGCUUCUUUGAACUACGGGCACUUGGUUGUUUCAACUUCUCUUCAGUGUUAUGUGUUCUCAACAAAAAACUGGAAUACGCCACUUAUCUUUGACCUCAAAGAAGGAACUGUUAGUUUAAUUCUGCAGGCAGAAAGGCAUUUUCUUCUGGUAGAUGCUGGAGGCAUUCAUUUAUAUUCUUAUGAAGGGCGGUUGAUUUCUUCUCCAAAAUUUCCAGGAAUGAGAACAGAUAUCCUGAAUGCCCAAACUGUGUCUCUGAGUAAUGAUACAAUAGCCAUAAAAGACAAAGCUGAUGAAAAAAUCAUCUUCUUAUUUGAGACCUUGACUGGGAAGCCAUUAGGUGACGGAAAGCUUAUUUCACAUAAGAAUGAAAUUAUGGAGAUUGCCCUGGACCAAAGAGGACUUACCAGUGAGAGAAAAAUUGCUUUUAUUGAUAAAAACAGAGAUCUAUAUAUUACUUCAGUUAAGCGAUUUGGCAAGGAAGAAAAAAUUAUAAAACUUGGUACAAUGGUGCAUACUUUGGCCUGGAGUGAUACGUGCAACAUCCUUUGUGGUCUUCAAGACACCCGCUUUACGGUUUGGUACUAUCCUAAUACAGUUUAUGUGGACAGAGAUAUUCUGCCCAAAACGCUGUAUGAAAGAGAUGCAAGUGAUUUCAGUAGGAAUCCCCAUAUUGUGUGUUUUGUUGGCAAUCAAGUAACUAUAAGACGAGCUGAUGGCUCACUCAUUCAUAUCAGCGUAUCACCGUAUCCAGCAAUUCUUCACGAAUACGUCAGCGGUUCCAAGUGGGAAGAUGCUGUGAGACUGUGCCGCUUUGUUAAGGAGCAAACACUAUGGGCUUGCCUGGCUGCUAUGGCAGUUGCUCACAAGGACAUGACUACAGCAGAAAUUGCUUAUGCAUCAAUUGGUGAAAUUGAUAAGGUUCAGUACAUCAAUUCUAUAAAAGACCUUCCUUCCAAAGAGUCGAAAAUGGCCCACAUACUGAUGUUUAGUGGCAAUAUACAAGAAGCCGAAACAGUCCUUCUGCAGUCCGGCCUCAUUUAUCAAGCCAUCCAGAUUAACAUUAAUCUUUACAACUGGGACAGGGCACUUGAUUUGGCUGUGAAACACAAAACCCAUGUUGAUACAGUUCUGGCGUACCGUCAAAAGUUUCUGGAGGCCUUUGGUAAAAAAGAAACUAACAAACGAUAUUUGCAGUACGCAGAAGGUCUGGAAGUGGAUUGGGAUAAAAUCAAGGCCAAAAUAGAGAUGGAAAUUACUAAAGAACGAGAGCGGUCAUCUACCAACCCAUCAGCUCCAUCCAGUAAGAGCACUCUAACUUUCCAGCGUUAAAUGUGGUGCUGAUCAUAUUAAGGAAUAAAACACGUACUGAUGAGCCAAAGACAGUAUGGACAUAUUUCGUCUUCUGAAGAAAGGUCGGAGCACAGAAUUGAUUAGAAGCUCUCACUAGAUAUUUAAUCCCUCGACGGUACUCAGAAGCGGCAAAGCCAAGUGGAUGUAGAUGUAGUUUCAUCUUCAGGCUUUUGUAGCCCAUUGAUGAGCAAACUCUUUUACCUUUUUCAAUUCGACGUGCGUUCACAGUCAUUCCUCGCAUAGGGAUUGUCCAAAUUCUAGCUUAGAAAUUAGCAGGAGAUGGGUAUUGUGAAAAUGGCUAAAGAGAUCUUGUAAAGCAAAGAUAACCUCUGUUGGUCUCAUGCUCGCCUAACCACAGAAAAUUUUUACUAAAGUCAGUACCCAGACAUGUGUCUGCUUCUAUGUCUGUGUCUUGAUUAAAUAAAAAUAUCUUCAUGUUUCCAAAUUUUGCAUAGCACUGGGGCAACAUUUCAGUUGCCCUCCUUUCAAUCUUGAACCCUGUUCCCCUCUGACUUAAUGGUUAAGAUAGUGGAAUACUUCUUAGAAUAAACAUUUUAUUAUUUAGUAACAUUUAAAUGCGCCAUUUCAUUAAUAAUGUUUUGCUUUGGUUUUUGCAGUUAAUUGCUGUUAAGAUCAAGAAAUAUUUUAAUUUCUUCCCAGAUGGGCAUUGUUGUUUUUUGGAGGGCUAAAGAAUAUCAAAAAAACUGUAUAUUUAUAUUCCCUAGAUAACACUAAGUUUAUACUCUGUUUGUGUUAUUAAAAAUAUUAUAAAUAUU